UUUCAGAGAAAUGUAGGUCAAGUCAACUGAGCAGACUUCCAGUCAUCUACAUCAAGGAUCAACGCAACUGGUUUUCCAUUCCCCGGCAGAAAUAUGAUAACUUGAACAUUUUGAUGGUGAAUCCUGGCAUGGCAUUUUGUUGACCAAUGUACCUUUAUUGACCUCCCCUUACAAAAUUACAAGAACAGUGUAAACAUUGCUUAGGGCCUAGAUUAUAAGUAUAGAUCCUAUAUUCUAGUCAAUCAGAACCAAAGAGUCCAUAAGCAAUUCACGAUGUCAGGUUCUAAGAUACUGCAGAGGCUUGUGACUCCAAUAGUCAAACAAUCACAAUGCGGAUAUCACCUGUCACGUAUCAUGUGGGAGAAAUCCUCCAAUAAUGAUAAUGGAGCCCCCAGCAGUGGGAGUUCAACAAAUCUUCCGAGUGGUCCAUUGACGAAACCUGAAGUUCCCGCUAAAAUCACAGAGAGACUCCCUGCUGGUGGGGAAUAUAGAAACCCCCUUCCAGUGUUAACUGGGGAUUAUAACACUCAUUUAAUCCCUAAUCAGUCAGAUUUUCUCAUCAUUGGUGGUGGCAUCAUGGGUUCUUCAAUAGCAUACUGGUUGAAGCAAAGAUUCCCUAAAGGAUUGUCUGUGACAGUUAUUGAACGUGAUCCAACAUAUUCAAGGGCCUCUACAGGUCUCUCUGUAGGGGGGAUAAGGCAGCAGUUCUCAGUGAAAGAGAAUAUACAACUCUCCAUGUACAGUGCAGAGUUCCUACGCAACAUAAAAGAGCACCUCAGUGUUUUAGAUAUGGACCCCCCAGAUGUACAGUUCAGUCCUCAGGGAUACCUGUUUCUUGCAACUGCUGAUGGUGCACAACAGCUACAUGAAAACCAUGAACUACAAAAGAGUCUGGGAGCAAAAGUGGAACUUUUGUCAAAUGAAAUGCUGAAGAAAAAGUUUCCUUGGAUCAAUACAGAUGGCAUAGAGUUAGCAAAUUAUGGGUAUGAAAAUGAAGGUUGGUUUGACCCUUGGUCAUUACUAGAAGCAUUCAAGCGUAAAGCCAUGUCUUUAGGAGUUGAAUAUAAAAAAGGAGAAGUUGUAGGCUUUGAAAUGAAGAAUAUGAGAGGAAGAAAUCGGGUCACAAACACUAUCAUACAAGACGAUUAUAUGGACUAUGUACUGGUCAGAGGUGAAGACAAGGAAGUGUACCCUGUUAAGACUCCAUGUUGCGUCGUGGCUGCAGGGGCAUGGUCAGCUGAAAUUGCAAGAAUGGCAAACAUUGGUGUAGACGAGGACCAUCCAUAUUUACAUGUGCCCCUACCAGUAGAACCGAGGAAGCGCUAUGUGUAUGUUGUAAACUGUCCAAAUGGACCAGGUUUGGAAGCACCUUUUACUAUAGACCCACAAGGUGUGUACUUCAGAAGAGAAGGUCUUGGAGGCAACUAUGUAUGUGGCACUGGGCCUACUGCGAGCCCUGUAGUGAUUGACCAUGAUGGCACAUACUUCCGUCCUGAAGGCCCUAGCAGAAACUAUAUCUGUGGCUCUGCGCCAGCAAAUAAGGCGGAGGAACCAAGCAUUGAAAACCUGGAUGUGGAUUAUAAUUUCUUUGAUGAGAAAGUCUGGCCAAGUUUGGCGCAUAGGAUACCAGCCUUUGAAAGUCUUAAGGUAAAAAAUGCUUGGGCUGGUUACUAUGACUACAAUUACACUGAUCAAAACCUCAUCAUCGGAAAUCACCCUCAUCACAGAAACAUUGUGUUUGUAACAGGAUGUAGUGGGCAUGGUAUCCAACAUGGCCCUGCCAUUGGUCGAGCUGUGAUGGAGUACCUUUUAGAUGGAGACUUCAAGACAAUAGAUCUGUCUCGUUUUAGCUUUGAUCGAUUUUUUGCUGAAGAUGAACUGAUUUUCGAAAAAAAUGUGGUUUAAUUACUUGAUAUAUCUCAUAUGAGAUAUAUAGAGAUACGUAUCUGAUGUAUCAGGGAGACUGUGAUACCAAAAAUACAACUGUGCUGAAGAUUUUACCAAUGAAGAUCAAGUAGAACUCAUUAAUUUGAAAGCAAAAAUAGAUAAUAGAGCAUUGCUGUUAGCUCAAAGAUAAGGAAUCCACAUCAUCAUGAUUUUGUGACCAGCUUUU